GGCAGCGCUGCAGCCUCGGGAGACGCCGGCCGGGCUGGGCCCAGCGUCGCUGGGCUGCUGGCUGCGGGGCGUGCUCACCCCAGGAGUGGUGAAUGUGGGAGCUCGCGGCCACCUGCGUCACCUGUCCCGCCCCGACGCCGUGGCCAGCCCCGCGACAAGGCCGGACUGGGCCGGGGGCUGAGGUGGGCACCGGGCUGCCGCUGGCUCCCACACUGCCCGCUGUGCCCGCUGCCCCAGCCACCCCUGCUGCCGGAGCCUCCUACCUGGGCCGCAACGGCCAGGAUCGCAAAGAAAUCCCUCCCCUCGGUGCAGCUGCGGGCACACAGCAUCUCCCUCUCAUCAGCACUGUUGAAAGAAGAAAAAAUGUCAGUGCUAUCUCCUGAAAUCAAAUGUGAGACUUCUAAAUUCACCAGAAGUUCCUUUGGCAGUUGUUUUAUUUUUGAGAGUAGUUGGAAGAAAGCAGUUUUAGAAACACAAAAGAUUAAGAAAGAAUAUACCACAGCAUUUGGUCUAGGAGAGCUCAAGGAAUGUAUCAAAAUGCCAUAUUUACCAGGACUGCAAAGUUGCCAAAAAAGUGUAAGUUCAACUCCACUAGAGGUUCCUAAAAGACUGCCACGUGCUGAUGCCGAGGUGUCUGCAGUCAGCUGUUGUAGUGAGAACAUGUCAAAUUGCCUGCAAGUAUUUUAUUCUCCUGUGCACAUUGCUCAGCAGCCUGUGAAGGAGCGGUUUUGGCAAAGCAGAGAAGCUAAAGAAGACUAAGGAGACAUGCAGUGUGGCACCACUUUGGGAGAAAUCAAAAGGUUCUGGCUUCAGUGAUCCUCUCACUGGAGCACCAUCUCAAUACUUAGAGAGACUUUCCAAAAUAGCCAUAUUGGAAUAUGAUACCAUUCGUCAGGAAACAACCACAAAAUCAAAAAAAAGCAAGAAACGAGACCUCCGAGACCGCUGAAAAAUGUCGUACAGUGUGAUGCUUUCUUCAGUGACUUUUAAGCUUUAUAUUUUCUUUUUUUAUGUGAUAUGAUGCAAAAUGAUUUAUAUAAAAAUGGAAAUGUAAAUAAGAAAUAAAUAUUUUACAUUA